UUUGCUUUGAACAAGGUUUUAGUAAGAGCAACCCUUAACCACAACAAACAACAUCGUUUCAUAUAUAGUGAGUGAGAGAAUCUACCAUCAACCAUGUCUGAUAUUGCUAUGUUGGUAGCAGAAGAAUAUGAGAGGAGGACAAUGAAUUUUAAGAAGGCUGGCGCUGUACAAGAGAGGAACUUGAACGUGGUUUCUUGUGCUUCUUUGUUGGUUCUGAAGGAGAAGAUUGAGGUGCAGAAGAAGGAGCUUGUCAAGUGGGUUUUGGAACCCAAAACCCAAUUUGCAAUUGCUGCUUCUAACAGUUUCUUUUCUGCUUGAACAACUUCAGCUUGCUGGUUGCAAUAGUUGGCUGUUGUUGGCACCUUGUUGUUUUAUUAUUUUUUCCUUUUGUAAUCUAUGUUUCUCUGUGUUACUGUGCAUAGUUAUGUUUUGAAUUAAAGGCAAAUGUGUUCCCCGUUUAACAUCUCCGGUGCCCCUUUUUAUAGAUAUACUUUGACA